CCAGGCAGUUUCAGAGGCCGGGAUUUCACAUCGGAAACAAAACAGCGGCUGCUCGGGAGAGGUCCUUGGCCGCGAGCGGGCGGUGGCGGCGGCGAGGAAACAGUAGGGCGCUGCUAAGAAUGUUAUAAAGUCCACUAGUGUCUUUUGCCACGCUGCCUGAACAGUGGGAUUAUUGGCCUUCUCCAUGCAGUCAUACUUGUUUUCAGCUGUUCCUGGACCAGAGUCAAAUCUGGCUUCGGCUGCCCCUUUCUUUGUACCAACAAUGUUUGUUUGUCUACCAGGCCUGACUGAAGACCUCGCUAGCCCUCUUGCCUGCCUCUGCUUCCUGCUGAGCUCCAUGUAAAGAGCAGCUCUUCUAGGGAGGGUCACCCUGCACCAUUGUGAUCUUCAAAGCAUCAGUGGAGGCUUGAGCUUUCUCUGGGUGAACUGGAAAAGACCUGGGCUGGGCAUCAGAAGACCUAGGUUCUGGAACUGGUGUUACUUGCACCAUAACUGUGCACUGGCAAAUUCUUUCACCUUUCCUGAGCUUUAGUUAAUUCACAUACCUAAUCCGGGAGCCUGCAAGUGACAGCAGCCUUUGAGGUCCUUAGAAAGCUUUGCCUGGAAGAGAACACAUGAAAGAAAGAACCCCAAGAGGCUUUGCUUUCUGUGAAAAAGUAUUUCUAUACGGUUGCUCCAAUGACAGAGUUACCUGCACCCUUGUCCUACUUCCAGAAUGCACAGAUGUCCGAGGAUAACCACCUAAGCAAUACCGUACGUAGUCAGAAUGACAACAGAGAACGGCAUGAGCACAGCAGCGAAAGGCGGAGGCGUGGCAACCCUGAGCCAUUAUCUAAUGGACGACCCCAGGGUAACUCGCAGCAGGUGGUGGAACAAGAUGAAGAAGAAGAUGAGGAGCUGACAUUGAAAUAUGGCGCCAAACAUGUGAUCAUGCUCUUUGUCCCAGUGACUCUCUGUAUGGUGGUGGUUGUGGCUACCAUCAAAUCAGUCAGCUUUUAUACCCGGAAGGAUGGACAGCUAAUCUAUACCCCAUUCACAGAAGACACCGAGACUGUGGGGCAGAGAGCGCUGCACUCAAUUCUGAAUGCUGCUAUCAUGAUCAGCGUCAUUGUUGUCAUGACUAUUCUUUUGGUGGUUCUCUACAAAUACAGGUGCUAUAAGGUCAUCCAUGCCUGGCUUAUUAUUUCAUCUCUAUUGUUGCUGUUCUUUUUCUCAUUCAUUUACUUGGGGGAAGUGUUUAAAACCUACAAUGUUGCCAUGGACUACAUUACUGUCGCACUCCUGAUCUGGAAUUUUGGUGUGGUGGGCAUGAUUGCCAUUCACUGGAAAGGUCCACUGCGACUCCAGCAGGCGUAUCUCAUUAUGAUCAGUGCCCUCAUGGCCCUCGUAUUUAUCAAGUACCUCCCAGAAUGGACUGCAUGGCUCAUCUUGGCUGUGAUUUCAGUAUAUGAUUUAGUGGCUGUUUUAUGUCCAAAAGGUCCACUUCGUAUGCUGGUUGAAACAGCUCAGGAGAGAAAUGAAACUCUCUUUCCAGCUCUCAUUUACUCCUCAACCAUGGUGUGGUUGGUGAAUAUGGCAGAAGGAGACCCAGAAGCCCAAAGGAAGGUAUCCAAAAACUCCAAUUAUAAUGCACAAAGCACAGAAAGUGAUUCACAAGACCCUGUGACAGAGAGUGAUGAUGGAGGCUUCAGCGAAGAGUGGGAAGCCCAGAGGGACAGUCGCCUAGGGCCUCAUCGCUCUACAGCUGAGUCCCGAGCUGCUGUACAGGAACUUUCCAGCAGCAUCCUAGCCAGUGAGGACCCAGAGGAAAGGGGAGUAAAACUUGGAUUAGGAGAUUUCAUUUUCUACAGUGUUCUGGUUGGUAAGGCUUCCGCAACAGCCAGUGGAGACUGGAACACAACCAUAGCCUGUUUUGUAGCCAUAUUAAUUGGUUUGUGCCUUACGUUACUACUCCUCGCCAUUUUCAAGAAGGCAUUGCCAGCUCUUCCAAUUUCUAUCACCUUUGGGCUUGUUUUCUACUUUGCCACAGAUUAUCUUGUGCAGCCCUUUAUGGACCAAUUAGCAUUCCAUCAAUUUUAUAUCUAGCAUAUUUGCAAUUAGAAUCCCAUGGAUUUUUCUCCUUUGACUGUAAUAAAAUCUGGGGAAGACAAAGGUGAUUUUUCCCGUGUCCACAUCUAACAAAGUCAAGAUUCCCGGCUGGGCCGUUUGCAGCUUCCUUCCAAGUCUUCCUGACCACCUGCACUAUUGGGCAUCAGAAGGAGGUAUCUACAGAAAAAGGUUUUGAACAUACGUCAUCCUGGUGGACUGAGUCCCUCGGUGCAAAAACUACCAGAUUUGAGGGACAAGGAAAAGUGAUGGGCCAAGAAGUUGCUGUGUUUCCACCAGUGGUUUGACACUUGGUCACAGGUGGAUUUUUACCAACACCGCAGACUCUCAGGACUACCAUUACCAAGAGGUUAAAUGAAGUGGUUUAAACCAAACGGGACUCUUCAUUUUAAACUACAUGUUGAAAAUAAACCUAAUAAAUCUGUAUUGAAUUCUGAACCUUUGCAAGAGGUACCGUAAGGAGAGCAGGCACCAGCAGCAAAAUGGAAAGGUGGAAAGGGGCUCAAACUCACUUUCAGACUUUUUUUGCUGCACACUUAUCCUUUUUAAAAAAGACUUUUUUUCACCUUAAGUCAAGUCAGAUGUGUAGGUUGAUUUUGACGAUUUUCGUUCUGAAGCACUGAAACUCAUUACCAUCUGUGGUUGCCAUUUCUUCCAAAGGCCAGUCUGAACUUGAGGUUGCUUUAUCUUAAAAGUCUUAACCUCAGGUUCCAAAUUCAGUAAUUUCUGGAAAUAAUGGAACUAUAACUCAACAAUUCCUUAUCACCCUUAGGUAAAUUUUGGAUUUUCCCCCAAAUUGCUGAUUUCCAGACAUAGUUGUGGGUUCACUUGUCCCCGGAUAACUCCUUUGUUCCCCAUCUCUCCCUUCACUCCUCCCAUAAGCAGUUUUCUUUUACAGCAAAUGAGACAGCUCUGUUGUGGUAGCAGCUGAUCCGGUUAUUCAAGGAUUUUACUCUCUGUGUGGUGCCAAGAAUGUAUUAUGAAUCAGUGCUAUCAGCCCUGCUGUCAUAAUUUCUCAAGCAAAUACAAUGUGUGCCCAAAGACAGUAGAAUUAAAGAAGAGUAAAAUGGCUGGUGAAGCACUUUCUGUCCUGGUUUUUCUUUUUUUACUACAGCCCAUUGUCUCUGACAGUAGGUCAGAAUUUAAACCAAUAGCCAAAAGCUAGUGGUUUAUAUAGUUUUUGAAUCAGUUGUGUCAGUACAAAGCAAGAGUUCAGAGAAAGCCAUUGUUUCACUUGGUGAGCUGUGGGAGAACCAAGGGUCGGGAGGAGAACCAGCUGCCAAGAGAAGAAAGAAGGGGCCUCCCAAAGCCAAUGGCACCAAAUGAGCUAAUGUCCCGUGGGCAGAUGUUAAGGAGGAGAUCCAAGUUCUUCCUCAAGAACCUCACAAUGGGUGUUUUGUGGUUUCCCUUCAUUACUUUUCAUUUCACUGCACCUCUGUGUGAAUUGGCGGUGGAGUUCAGGCCCUGUGCAGCUCAGUUGGCGCUGCGUGUAGAGCCAUCAGCUUGUAGGCAGUGACACCUCUAAAUGAAACUUUGUCAGGGCACAACCCUUCUUUCACCACAGACAGCCCUUAGCCACGGUGAUCAGACUGUAAGCACUUGUGAGAAGCUUAGUUUCCCCCGUGGCUGAGGAAAGCCUCACUUUUCCUCUUUUUCCUGCUGCUUUCUCUCCAGCCUAUCAUAUGGUCUGGUUUGGGGUUUUCCUUGGAGUUGAGAAUAUUUUUUUUCUGUCAUGGAAUAUUUCUUAUAGGAAACUACGUUUAGAAGUAGUGUGCUGGUACUAACCUGAGGAUAAGUAAACACCGGCUCAUAUUAGGCGGUUGAAAGCUCCAGGAAAAAUAAGAGCUAUGCAAAGGAAGAGUGGGGCUUAGAGUACUAGAUUCUCUCAUCUCUGUUUUUUUUUUUUUCAUUUAGCCCCUUUUUUCCAAGAUUCUUUUUCUCCUCAGAUAUAUGGCUGCGUGGGUAUUAUCUUCUAGAAAGACAUGUAAUUUAACAACUACAACAAAGCCACUUGAACCCCAAUUUAUGAUUUGAAGCAGUCUUGAGGGAGCCCUGAUCUCGAGUAGUUUGUUUGUGCGAGGGUCACAAAUGUGCUGUAUCUUUCCUGAAAGGUUCAUCUCAGAAGAGAUGUGGUGUGUGAGUGUGUUUAAAUCCAUCCUGUGUGUUAUUGUCCUACGUAGAAAGAUUGCAAUAAAUCUGUCACUUUCUACAAGGUGGAACCCUAUCUUUCUUUAAAUCACCUAUCCCAGACAGAACCUUUUCUUUGAACCUUCUUUUUAGAGUCAAUUCAGUUGUUUCUAAAAUAUCGAAAUGCUAGGCUUCCAACAUGAAAAAGAGAUUGUCACCAGAGAAAACAGUAGCAAUUCCAGUGAGGAUGUGCCCUCACACCGGGGCGAGGAGGUGGCUGUGGAGCCAGGCAAAACAAACAAUAAAGCAUGACCAGCCCUGCCACUCUGCUUCGUGAGGAGGAGGACAGUAGGUAGAAGAGUGACCCCUAAUGUCUGGGUCUGGCUGGCUGACAGAAUAAAGAGUGUUUGUGUACAGAAUGUUGCUAUAAGCUAGCCUGUGGAAAUCCCAGCCAUAUUUGGAAGGUUUGUAGAUUUUUUUCCGAAGAGGAGGGGCUUGCUUUCCUGUUUUUGAUUCUCGCUGGCUUAGUGUGUGGUCCUAGGAUCACAGCUCUCACUAUAAAUGACUAAAUUUUUUGAUCAGAAAAAAAUAGAAGCUUUCUAAGCAACUUGGAAGAGAACAAUCAUAAAUGAGCAAUUUAUUUCAGUACAGAAGCUACAACUAUAGAAGUGGGGCUUUUACUUUUAAACUCCUGGAUCUCCGCUUUUAAAGUGUCCGUUGGUUUGGAAAAUCCCCUUCCAUAACAGAUUCCCCAGCAAAUAAUAAGCUUAGUACUUGUCCUUUACUAGGCCUCAAAAAACUUUAUGUGUGUAGUCUUGAUCAUAAUUUGUAGGAUGUGAGACAGAAGUUAAGCUACCACAUCAGAUCUUCCAGGGUCAGACUUCUCAAGGCAGCCUCCGCUCCUGACAGUGCCCGGCCUUGCAUAUGCCACCGUUCAUGCUCUAACCCUGGAAGAAAAAGAGCUCAGAAGCCACUAUGAAAAGAUCUGUCCAAUGUCUUCCAUGUUCCUGGCAUGGUGCUAGAGUCUAAAGAUACAAAGAUGGAUAGGAUAUAUCCUCAGAAUGCAGCUGUAGUCACUUGUUUUCUGGUAUAUGCCAUCUUUAACUUCUCUAAAAUAUCGGAUACUUGUCAACCCCUUUUCACAGUUACCAUUCUUGAGGGCCUAUAAUGUUAAAGUUAUAAAGGUGACUUGAUUAUUCUGGAAGCCAAUCCUUUCAGUAGAGUACUCUUUUUUUCUCUAAAUUUGCUUUUGUAGAGUCUAUAAAGAGCAGUCUGACCUGCCAUCCUCCUCACCUCCAAGGGUAUCAUGGACACUGAGUUUGGAAAGAGACUUAAAAACUGGACAUUUGGUUUUGUCCUGGGAUGAAACAAUAUCACCAUCAUAAUUUUGAGCCCAGAAGUGAUCUUUUCGCCUCUUUUUAAAUUCCCAAAACACAGGAAAUUAACAAUGAUGGUUUCAGCUCUUCACAACCCUCUUUGAAAUUGCCGAGCCAAGUGUACUAAAGAGGCCGUCAUCAUGCUUACAUCCUGAAUCAUCUGGAUGGUGUCGUCUGAACAGUCCUCCACUUUGGUAGGAAACACCUCAGAUUUGUGUAUUAAAAAUCAGCCUGGUGCUGAAAUGAACCCCUUUCUUGGAUGUCAAAGUCAUUUCUUUGGGCCUUGGGCAUUUGCAACAUUGCCCUGAGGAGGUAGUUGGAUGCCCCCUGGACCUUGGAAUAUGGUGUUAGCACUUCAGCCUGGUCUGUGUAGCAGGAAAGAUUUCCCAGAAUGCAAUUUUCCUUUUAAAAUAAAUAAUUGUUGCAACAGGGCAGCUUUGAAAUCAGCUGUAUAGAGUAGCGAGGACAGGAUUGUCUUGUUUACCGUGUGAUUGGAGGUGCUGGGGUGUGGCUUCAGCAGGAUCAUUUACUCUGCCAUUCGUUGUCUGGCUUUUGCUUUUACGGACAUUGCUUUGUACAUGAUUCAGACUGUGAAUACAUCUUUUUUAAAUACCUUUCAAAUUCUUGGUAAGAUAUAAUUUUGAUAGAUGAUUGCAGAUUUUCCUGUAUUUGUCAAAUUAAUAAAGACCGCAUGAAUAC